CACACACACACACGACACCAGCUGUUGCCCAUGAAAGCCUCUAGGUUUAUUGGGUCUAUCUGCUGUAUUUAUGGCCAAACCGCAUCUCUUCAACUGUCUUUAUUCCCUGGUCUUGCUCCCUGCCAUGAGCCCUGUCUCUUGACAUCCUCUACAGCUUCCUGCCCACCAGUCUCCUUCUGCAGAUCUUAUUUCCUCCUCCAUUACUUCAAACACUCGUAUGCCAAACAAAUCUUCCACAGCUACAGACGUGGCUUUUGCCUAUAAAGAGUUGCCUGUGGCUUGAAGUAGUUUGUUCCUACAGGGCCCGUGCGUCCCAUGGCCUGUCGGACAGGCCAGGUUGUAACCUGGAUACAGCUGCAGUCCAGAGGAGCCAUUAGCAGUGCCAGGAGGCCCCCAGCUCCCAGCGAGAGCUCAUUACUGUUUCUGUGCAGUCACACUCCUCCUAUGAAACACAGCAGUGUGUCUGGUGAAACUAGCCAGGACACCGAGCCUCGGGGAAACUGUUACAGCUUGAUUUGAGAAGAGAGGGGAAAGGACUAAAGAGAAAGAGAGUUCACUAAAACCCGAGAAUGAGUACUAAGAAUGAUAUUAAUCAUUAAACAUAUCCAGCUUUCACUGUACUUUACUGCGAGAGUGUGUAUCUGUGGUUAUUGGAUCUGAUUUGCUCUUUGUUCAGUGUGUGUUUGUGUGCGUGUGUGCUCUCUGAGGCCCAGUUCAGCUGUCUGGUCUGUUGUGCAGAUGGUUGAGUUGGAGCCCAGUGAAUGAGAUACCGUUUUUUUUUCCUAUUUUGUCUUUCCUUUCUUUUCCGUGCCUUUACCCCACCUUUUUCCUCCAAAGUUUCGUUUACCACUUGCAUCCCUGGCUGCCUUCUCUCUUUCAUCACUGCAUCUGCUGAGGGCCAUCUUGGGCAGAGGAGAGUAUCCCACCUCUCUAUUUUCACUCCCUCCUUUUUUAUGCACCUCUCAGGGCUCAGUGCAGCAGCUAUACGCGGUGGCUUUGGAAUGAAAUGUCUCUUAACCGAGCCGUGUGCCCCGGAGCUACGGUAAUUGCAGGUGAAAUUCAGCUUCCUCUUUAAAAUGCCAUCUCUCAUUUCCAGUUACCGGCCCCCUCCGUAUCGCUCCCUCUUUCUGCUGCCUCCCUCCACCCCCUCUCCUGCUCCUGCUCCUUUCUCCCUCUGGCUGUCUUUCAGAGGCGUGUGAAUCCCUCAGCCCCUGUCGCGUCUCCCUGCCCCAACAGACACUCCCACAAUGCACAGCGCUGAUGGCUGCACAGUGAUAUCAGCCAUGUAGAGGGAAGGGAGGGCCGCUGCCUAGACACACUCAAUAUAUGUUUGUUUGUGUGUGUGUGUGUGUGCAAAGACAGUAUGUGUGAUGAAAAAGAGAGUGUUUUUGUUGCUGAGUGAAGAAAGAGAGAGGGCAUAUACAUCCGUGUGUGCACAUAAGAGCAGUGUAAUGUGUGCCGCUGUGAGACUAAGUUUGUCUGUGCUUGUGUGUGUAGCGUCAGCAAGGCGUGAGCUGUGUAGAGGUGACAUCAAGGUGAACGCGGCGUGCAGAACGCUCUGCCGACUCGGGAGGCAGCAAAUGGCUCUGUGGCAGAUGGAGUCUUUGUCAGGGAAGAAAAAUGGCAGCUCAAGAGCGUCAAAGACACACACGCACGCACGCACGCAUGCACACACACACACACACACACACACACACACACACACACACCACCACCACCACCACCACCAUAUAUAUGUAUGUAUAUGUUUAAAACAGAAACAAGCCUGCAGCAUACAUAUCUAUGUCCUUAUGGCUUAUUUUGCACAGUUAGACUUAUUCACUAGCAGUUAUAUUUGCCUCAAUUGCAUCUACACACACACACACACACACACACACACACACACACACACACACACACACACACACACACACACACACACACACACACACACACACACCAAACAUAUAUACAUAUAUACAUAUGCAUGUAUAUAUUCAGAUAAGCAAAUAUGCACACACAUGCUGGCACCCCCCUACACUCCUUAGUGAGCCAGGCAGGCGAGUAGUGACCUUCCCCGGCUCAGAGGGUUCCCUGGCUGUUUGAUCAAUUAUCCCUCUCCCAUUGUUUACCAGGAAGCAGGAGUAGUGAGCAGAAGAGACGAGAGAAGGCUCUAAAAUGGCCACUGUCAGGUGGAGGGAUCCAUUUCCCUGAUAGCAUAGGGGUGGGGGGGUUAGAGAGGAGAGCGGAAGAGACUGAAAGACCAAAUCUGUGAAGUGUGCUUAGAGAGAAGGGAGGAGCAUGAUUCCCUGGCAGUUAGGAUGAUGUGACAUUAUACUGAAGGUACGGCACUGACAGCGGUUAACAUUUGUAAUGCUGACAUCAUCUGCAAAAACAGCAUCUGGCAGAUCGCUCAGGUUUCAAGAUUAAAACAUCAAUUAUCAAUGUAUCAAUCUCAAAUAAACAUCUUCUUGGUGCUAUGUGUGUGUGUGUGUGUGUGUGUGUGUGUGUGUGUGUGUGUGUGUUGCUGAAAUGUAACGCCAUGUCUGUCUAAUGCUGCAUGGACACAUGUAUGGACAAUGGCACAUUACUAAAGGUACACUUCCUAUUUUUAGUGUGGAGCAGUAAGGGGGGUUACACACUCUAAAGGUCAGGUGGCAAAGAAAAAAAACCGGAGUGGGAACAAAUGAUGCACUAAGCGAAUGACACUCUGAGGUCCUGCUUUAAUAUGUAUGUAUCGCAGGUUGAUGGCUGAUUUCAUUAGCACCUCUCAUUGUUAUGCAUAGAUUGUCCUCCUGCAGCAAAAUGAAUAUUGUAUUCACACACACACACACACACACACACACACACACACACACACACACACACACACACACACACACACACACACACACACACACACACACAUACACACACACACACACACACACACACACACACACACACACACACACACACAACCACUGCGAUUUUCAGGGAAUACUGUAUGUCUGAUUCUUGUGGAGGACUUGAAGAAAAGGUUGAUGUUUUCCACAGGCUGUUAUCUGUGUUGUAUAUAAUUAAAACAAUUUACAGAGCUGUCAUUUUAACGGAGGUUUUGGCACUGCCGUGGACAAUUGCUGUCAGGUAGUUGUGUGAUUUUUUUUUAGGUCCUCGUUGAUAGUUGAGAGAAUUAUUUUCAGCAUGGCAACGACUCUUUCCCUUUGUUUAAAUUACUUAGGCGGAACAGGUUGUUUUGUGUGUUUGAGGGUUUAGCUGACAUUGCUUUGGUUUCCUUAAAUCUGUGUGUGAAUAUUAUGUUGAGUUCUUCCCAUUAGUUGCUGUGUUUAUGAGACUCAGGCCUGCACACAGAUAGUACUCAGGGCUGAGUGUGUAAAACUCCUGGCCAGCCUUUUGUGAUCUUCUAAGAUGACUGCAUUUCAGCUGGAAUUCCAGUCCUUAGUGGGGCAUGAGCAAAUGUUCUGUAGAAGAUAUUAAUAGCUAUUGUGGGCGGAAAAGGGGGGGAAAAAACGCUUGUGCCUUUUUCCAUAUGUUUUGUAAGGAAAAAGUCCAGAUGGAUUAUCUCUUGGUCUGGAGCUUUCUGUUGCUUCAACCAGCUCAAAUCCAAGAGCUGUUGGACUUGCCAGAAACACACACACACACACACACACACACACACACACACACACACACACACACACACACACACACACACACACACACACACACACACACACACACGCGCGCUCACUCUCCUCCCAUCUGAUGUGCAACAAGCUAUUACUGAUUAACAUGUCUGAACUCAGCCAGUUCAGAAAGCCAGUCUAACUCUUAUUUUUUUCCGUCUUGCUUUAACACAAAAAGCGGAUGACGUGACACUCUUUCUUCCUCACAUACCUCGCGUUCCUUGCAGUCAAACAGAUAUGUUUGUCGCCUUCCUAUUUGUUGCCUGAGAAACCAUGCUGGCUUGUCUUCUCACAUUUCACACUUGGCUUCAUCCCCUUAACCUCUAAUGCUCAGCCUGGAUGGGCAGCCUGACCUCUUGAGUCAUGGAUGUUAGACUCUUUGGCAUCACAAGGGCUGGAGUUGGGCUUCAUUUUGCCUAAUAAUUGUAAACAUGGAAAGGAGCUGAUUUAUUUAGGAUUAAAGAUUAAAGGAAAACAAAUCUGUUGAUACACUUUGCCUUGUUUCUCUUGCGGAUUUCUCAUAUUUGUUGUGUGCUUUGGAUUCCAGUAACUUCACUAACAUGAUUUCAUAACACUCGUUAGCUUCAUGGUCUGUUUGUAUUUUAAGAUCAAGUAUUUAGAUACAGACGUUCACACAUGGCCUUGUACCUCUCAUGCAGAAAGCUAAAACAAAUCGCCCACGCUCGCUACUUUUAAAGCACACACGCACUCUCAUAUAUACACACAGGAGGGUUAUGUGGUGUGACAGGACACCACAUAUUUGGAGUUUCACAGCAGGAUGGCAUUCCGGGACAGCAAGGAAGAGAUAAUGUCAGUGCACUGCUGGUUAACUCACUCUUUUAUCCUGCUUCUGGGCCACAAAGCGUGACGAGUGUCUGUUUAUGACACACAACAAACCCAUACACACCAGACCACUUUGCCUCUCCCAGCCUGCUGCAUGACAACAAGUUAAAAUACAAACACAAGUGACACACGAUGCUCAUACACGGCUUCCAGCGCAGACAAAAAAAUGUGCUCCUGUGUGAGUUUUCUUUUCUGUUAUAGACGUGGUUUCUUGAUCCAGGAACUGUGCCACACUGACUGACAGGAUGUAGGUUGGUGUAGUACCUGUGCUUAAAUAAUGCUUUCAAGAGGUCGCAGAUUCUGAAAAUAGGUACCUGAACACAUCACCGCGCACUGGCGCGCAGCACAUCAACUUUAAGGGGAGGCUUUGUGAGUGUGUUGAUUCCUAAUAACCCAGUGGUGCUAUAUUUAAAUGAAAAAAAGAAAUUCACCUAGUCAGCAGCAGAGGAAAAAAAGCUUCCUCCCAAACCACCCACACAGCUUUCAGCCCUGUUGUGACUUGUUUGUCUGUCGUUGGAGGAUUUUGGCUUCUUCCAAAAACAAUCGCACUUAAACACCCUCAGCUCCAAAGGAUGGUUACACAUCAGCACAGCAGUGUGAAAAAAAAAACUCCAACACAAAACACAAGUGGAGCCUGUGAGACACAAACAGAGAAAACACUCCCUCUUUUCCCCUGAUGUAGGCUCUCUUUCUGUAUGCACGUCAGGUGCUUGUAUGCUAUUGUUACUUUCAUCAUCAGUGUGUGUUGUCGCGUGCAGCUGUUUGCUCUCCAGUUAGUUUACUGUGUAGUGAGUUAGUAGAGUUACGGCCGUGUGCAGUUUCUUUUUCACUGUGAGCGUCUCUGAUUUAUUCUUAACAUCUGUCUUUGGCAGGUGUGUGGAACCAAAAGGUCUUCUGUCUGAGCCUGUGAUGUAGCUAUCAUUGCUGGCUGUGUGUUUCUCUUUGUGUGUGUGUGCACGUAUUUGUGCAAAAAAAAAAAAAGAAGAAGAAAAAAACAGAGAGGGCCGUUCUCCACCCACUCUUUGGGAUGAGUCAUUUUUUUGAGCCCUGUGUAAUCCAAGCCUGUGUUUCAUGUGUGUGAACAGACAGACCCUGAGCAAUGGUCUUGGUCCUGACUCCCUCUGGAGUAGUGAGUGGGUGAGACGCAGCCAUCAACAACAGGCCUAGGCAGCUUCGGUUUCAGCCUCACCAAACAAGAAAUCUACUCGUCAUGACACGGGCAAAGAUACACAAACAAAACACAAUCACACGUUCAUUUCAACCAUUAUCCUUUGCUCUAGAUUUAAGCUCCUCCUGACGUAAUAUCAGUUAACAAAAACAAAACUAACCAAAGGUGUGGUGGGGGACGCUUUAGAUUGGUCAGAGCAUAAGGAAGUGUAGCGAUCCAGACAUUUUAGCUCUUCACAAAAAGGUAACGUGACACGGUAGGGUUUGCUCAGAUGAGCACGGCUAACUUUUAGCGUUGGUGUGUGUUUAAUGGCUACAUGUGUGUAAUCCACCUGUGGGAGCGUGAUUGCAGUAGAGUAAUGCCAAAGCUGGGUUUGACACAGUCAACAAUAGGGGCUCCAAUAUUUUGACUUUUUCUAUGAAAUCACAGAAGGAGAGUGUGGUGACAUGGGAAAUAGGGCCAUGUCACGGGGAAAAAAUUGCUCCAUUUUGUGGAUAUUUUGCACAGCUUUUCAAAGCGCUCCUCUGCUUGUGUGACAAACUGCUUUAAAGGCUCAGCUGGGCUCUUUAAAAGGUUCUUAUACAUUUGCCCCCUCAGGGGAGAAAAAAUGUCUGGGAUAGAAGAACAGAGGAGUGAUACUUAAAAAAAGAUAAAGGGAAGAUGUUUCUCACAUCUCCUUUGGUAUUUUGUUAAUUUUUCUCAAUGCACUACCCACUAUAUCAUGAUUGAUUGUUUUUUUUAACACUUUUUGACACUUCAAAUAUUUUGCUUUCAUUUAAUUUUUUUAACCACCAAAGAAGUGAGCAGAUAUAAUAUUCUGUAACAGUCAUAAACAAAGGCAGCGGGACAGAAAUAGGUUUAAAUAAUUUACCCACUUCUAAUUUUUUUUUAUCUUUGUUUAUCUUUUUGUUAUUAAAGGUGAAUCUGUAGACAUUUUAAGUGUUCUUUCAAUAAUCUAAUUAUUAAUCAGCUUAAUGAAUAAUCAUUUUUUGUGACAAGAAUUGAGAAAAGACAGUUUAAUUUUCUUUCAAUUAUUCAUGUUUAAAGUGCUUACCCAAUGGUUUUAUCAUAGGACAGAUGUAUGUUCAUCUCAGGCCCUUUGAAGUUUCAUAAAAAUCCUUAUUAAAAUUCUUCAGGCGACAACAGCACACUAUUAUUUGUAAAAAUAAUAAAAAAAAUCUCACAACUCAAAAUAAUAAAUAUAGUAAUAAGAACCAACUGUUUCUCGUUUCUGAGGAAAAUCAAAGCAACAGGUUGCCUAAUCUGUCAGAAGAUGCACUAAAAAACAUCCUGAUGUAUGGGAUGACAAAGAAAUAUAUUCACAGAAAUAACUUAGAUGUGGUUUAAAGCUGCUUUAGUUAUUUUACAGAUCAAGCUAGGGUUUGAACCCAAACACGGUCACAGAACACUCUCCCCUUCCGUCGGGUAUCUUCCCUGAGACUCUUCUGCCAGAACCAAAGUCCCAUGAGGAAACAAGAUAGUGCUAAACACCAGUCGUCAUUUUCUAGGUCCAAAUGUAUUUUGUUGUCUGUGCAUCAAAUAGUGUUUUUCUUUUUGGGACUCUGGUAGUUUGUCCUAAAGCUGAAGUGGUAGUAGCCGGCUGUUUCUAUCUCUGAUAUUAUUGAGCCAUAAAACUCUCACACUUGUGGUAUUUUCUUGCUAAAUAUGCGAGUGUGUAAUAAGUGGAGGACGCAGGGAAGUGCAGAAGUGCUGUGGUUUUGUGAGACCGACAACCUGAAGGUCCAACUGGCGGAUGUUUUUAGACAAAUGCGAGAAAACCACUUACUACAUUUUUUAAAAUCUCCUAAUCUAUAUUUUAUAUGAUUUUCGAACAUUGUUAAAAGACAUGAAAAAAUGUUUUAAGCUAAUUUGUUUUCCAAGUUUGCCUUUGGGGCUUUAAUGCUUGAGCUGUCCAAAUGGAAUAAAACAAUUCCACAAAACUGUUCUAUCACUGAAAAAUCAUUUGGCGUUCUUUUGGCUGCAGCUGCUUGAUAAUCAUGAGCUUUGAAUCUUGGUAAUCAAGAACGAUGUUCGGUUUUAAGUCUUGUAAAUUCAGAAAAAGCUACUUUUAUCCUGCGUUUGUACACCACUUACAUAAUUUGAUGGAAGCAAACAUCAUCACAAAGCUUCGUGUCAUUGCAGUCAGUAAGAGUCUCGGUUCCUGGCAGGGAAGUACGAGUCACAUUUUUUGGAGGCAAACCAAAUGCAAGUUGUGUGUUAUGAAAUGUAAUUUAGAUCAUUUAUUAAUGGGCUGGUAGAUAAAAAUAAUUAAUUUAGAAAAACUCUUGUUGUCAGUUUUGUUUUAAUGAAUUUAGACAAGGUUUGGAUCGUAAUGCUGAUUAAAUCACAUCUUUAAUGUCAUCAGUAUUGUACAGCAAUGUUUUUGUUGGUAUAAAAGCACAGCUGAGCCAUGGAUCUUAUUGAAUGAGUUCUAAUAGAAGAUUAUAUUAAUGUGAAUACCUUUAAAACAUCUCUAACCUGAAUAAUGUUCAGUCAGUUAUUGACUUGAUGAACUCUUAUGGUUCACUCAAUAGACCCACAUGUAGAGGCUUGACAUGACCUUUGUGAAGUUUGUACAGAACAAGCCAGCCUGAUGUAUAAUGUGUUAUAUACUUUGUUGAAGAAAAAAAAAUUCUAUUGGCAGGUUUUAGAUAAAGAGGUGAUAAUUUUCUCUCAAAGCUGCUUUUAUUCAUUUUCUUGUUGCAGAUGGAGAAAGUGGAGCGAAUGCCAGGUUUUAUUUUUCUGGAAUUGUUUGUUUGUUUAUUUCUUUUAGUAAACACUGAACUGUCACAGUCGCUUUGCAGUGACAUAGCUGUGAUAUUUCAUUCUAAGGACCUAUGCAAAUCCAACAUUUUCCUCCUCUCUGCGUAUUGACUGCAUUUUAUGAUUCUUGUGUAAUCUGAAUGUAAAUUAGUGCCUAAUGUCAACGGAUGUGUGUGUGUUCGUGUUUGUCAGUGUUUGCGAGUGUGUGUAUACAUGUGUAUGUGUGGUUGUGUAUCAGCACAAAGAUAUCCCAAGGGGUCUCCCCUCCCCCCCCUUCUCAUUACAAUUGCUAAUGUCACAUUAAUGAAAUCGGCUUAGUUUAAGGUUUAUAGCGUAGCCUACUCUGGGAGAUUUGGCCUUGACACUUCCCACAUAUUUCAAGUUGAGUCACGUUAUUGUUCUGAGGGCAUACUAUUCUGAGUUACUUUAAAAUGCACUGGCCCUAAGUGAAACUUCAGAGGUAAACUUUGAAACACGGUUGCCAAGGUUUGUCGUCAUUGUAAACUGUUGGACCACAAGCUGUCGGCGCUGCAGCGUCAGAAGACCAGUGUUAGCUAGAGCAGUAAUGGCUUCAUUGCAGCUCUGGCUAAUGUAAACAGUGUGUUAAUGUGCUAGCAGCGGUUUGCAGAGCCACUAGCUGUUAAUCAUUGCUCAGCAGAGAGCUUGUCAUGCACAACAAUAUAGCAGAGAGUUAAUCAUAGUUAUAGAUCUCUGGUUUAUGCGGACGGCGUAUUUAACAGCUGGAUUUCUAAUCAUUUGGCCUUUCCUCCGAACACGUUUGGUAAUAUCAGCAGUCAUGAUUCCAAGGGUCAAAUAAAAUAUAUGGAGUCUGGAGAGCGGCUGGCCUCCCCUGCGCCCACCCUGUCUGCUGCUCGCACCUCCUCCCCUGCGGCCUCUUCUGCCUCCUCCUCCUCUUCCUCUUCGUCAUCUCCUGCUCCCCACUCUAAGAGCAGCCUGGCCCCGAGCCCAUCAACACUGGGAUCCACCCUCAACACCCCUGGCCGUCUGUUUGGAGCAGCUGGAGAGCAGCCCUUCAUUGGCUCUACACUGUCAAGUGCCUUCCCUCUGGUCAACCACCCAGCCUUCGGAGCCCUCUACACUGCCGGAGCGGGCAGGCCUGAGUUUGGAGGCCUGGGCUCCAUCGGGAUGUCAGCUGCUCUGGCUGCCCACCCCCAGUUAGGAGCUCUGUCUGAAUGGUGGCGAGCUGCUGAAGCCCAUGGACGAGGAGCUGCUGCCUUUCUCCCUUCUUUUAUUGGCUUCCCUCCUUUCUUUGCCCCCCACAUUCCUCCCAAUCACAACGCUAGUCCUGUUCAAAUCAGGACGUCCGGCAAGAAUAGCCAUGACCCACCUAAAGGGGUGAAUGGUGCAGUGAAUGGCAGCAGGGUCUGUCCUCCCACCACACAAUCAGGCAGCUAUUCUGCAAGUCCGGCUCCUGUUCAGGCAUUAACAAAGCCAACCAAAAACUCAGAGCCCUCUAAUAGCCACCGCAACAGCCCUCAGAACAAUCCAACAGAGACGGUGGAAAAGACUGUUGUGAAACCUAAAGAGAAGAAGGCACGAAAGAAGCAAGCAAGCACUUCUUUGGCGAGCAACAGUGAGUCAGGCACAUCCUCAGACAGCUCAAGUGAUGGGUCCCUCAGCAGUGAUCUGGAAGAUCUAGCGGAGGAUGAUGAGGAUGAUGAUGACGAUGAUGAAGAUGACGAGGAAGAGGAUAAACAGCGUGACUUGUCAGACCCUGAGAAGCGAACAAAGAAGAAAGCAAAGGUUGUGAUACCCAGCACUGGAAAGAGUGACCGACCACUAUUAAAGGAAUUACAGGACAGGAAAGACACACGAGUUAGGAAGGUGGCCUCAAACCCCCCCACUCUUGUGCCCUUACCCUGCUCUGUCUCCCCUCCGGCUCUGUCCCAAACCUCUGCGCUGGGGCUGCAGAGCUCCAGGUCACGGACGGAGGGCCCACAGCAGCAUUUCAGCGUGAUUCAGUCCACGGGCCUUGCUGCCAACCCUAAACCCCUCGCACUCCUCACUCAGCCUCGCAGGGAGUCUUCGCCAUCUUCUUCCCCAAUAGCUCUCACCACAUCUCCAAGAGCAUUCUUCAGCACUGCCUCUCCCAAACCUCCCAAGCUGUUGCCCUCCUCCUCUCCCCAGCACCUUCCCCUUUCUCUCUGCUCCUCCCCAAAGCCCCUCUCUGUCCCCUCGCCACCCCACUCGACUCUCCCGGCGUCUACCUCCCCAAAACCUUUUGGAUUGACCUCAUCAUUAACAAGCUUCCAGAAGCCCUCGCUGAAGCCACCAAAGCACACCGUGCCAGGCACCGCCAAAUCCAACAAGAGGAAACUGCUGGAAGCUUCCCUCGCUCAGAUCAAUGAGUUCAGGCUCAAACAGACUCUCAUGUCUCAAGGCCAGACGUUCCCAGCUGAGCAAAAGAAGCAGCAGCAGGGGCCAAACAAAUCUCCCAAGAGGACAUCGCUGUCUUCACCGCCAUUGCCGCUGGUUCCACCUCCUCCACCCCAGAACAAUCACUCCAACCUCUUCCUUUCGAGUGCCCUGCUGGGUCUCCCUGAACCCCACCACCCAAACGGAGUCAUCCAAAGCACCACUCAGGAUGCACCUUUGGCCCUCAUCACCAAACCUCGCAAAGACUCUGCCUCCCGAGGCAGGUCUCCUCAGCCUAACCCGGAUGCUGGGUCAAUGCCUGUCAAUCUGAGCACAGGGGCAAGUAAGACCCAAGCAAGUGCCCAUGCUGGGCCUCCGUCACAGCCUCCAACUACCUCACCCCAUGCCGCGGGCCAUGGAUCUAGAAAGACCAAGACCCCCAAGAGUAAAGUACAGAACCCAGGGCUGGGCCAAGCAGACCCUUUAGCUGCCUGGAAGGGCUUCUCUCAGAACCAUCUGGUUCAAUCUCUAGUAGAUUUGUUUCGAGGAGGAGAGUCUGGCAUUGGGAUUCCUGGUGUCAGUAUCCCUGGGGUUGGAAUUCCCGGGGUGGGAAUCCCUGGAACAUGUAACCCCACGGCUGGUCUUCCAGCCAACAAGGAAUCUGACGACUCAGGAGAUGAUGAUGAUGAUGAUGAUGAGGAUGACGACCUUGAAGAGGAGGAUGAAGAGGACUCUGAUGAUAGUCUUUCAGAGUCUGACAGCAACUCAGACAGUGAUAUUUCUGGGAAGAAGGUGAAGGAGUCAAAGCUGCUGCCAUCUGGAUCAUCCAAGAAGGAGAUGACUUCCCACAGGCUUACCAAAGGUCCAGAACUACUGAACACCUCAACCAAUCACACCGCCACCAGCUGCUCCCCUCUCAACCUGCAGGUCAUCAAGAGUCCCACCAUCGCCACCAGCUCCAGUGCCUUGGCCUAUCACAGCUCUGCCAGCUCUUCCUCCUAUAGCCUAGCCUCCCCAUUAGGUUUAGGGAAGAGGAAGAGAGUGAUGGAUGAGAAGGAGUUGAUGGCACCUCUGGAGUUGGGGUGGCGGAGAGAAACGAGAAUCAAAUCAGUGGCUGGGCGCCCGCAGGGCGAGGUGGCCUACUAUGCCCCAUGUGGCAAGAAACUAAGGCAAUACCCAGAUGUGAUGAAGUAUCUAUCCAGAAAUGGAAUAAGUGGCAUCACGCGUGAUAAUUUUAGCUUCAGUGCAAAGAUAAGGGUUGGUGACUUCUAUGAAGCCAGAGAAGGACCCCAGGGUUUACAGUGGACCCUGUUGAAGGAAGAGGAAGUUGUUCCUCGAAUCUUGGCGAUGGAAGGUCGCAGGGGUCGCCCUCCGAAUUCAGAGCGGCACCUAGCAGGUGAUGGUGCCAAAAUGAACCGCCGAAGGAAGGGUAGACCACCGAAUGUGGGUGAUCCGCAUGCACCUGAAGGCCCAAGCCCCAGUGAGGUCAAACUCCUGCGCAAGCUUGAAGCUCAAGAAAUCGCCCGACAGGCUGCCCAGAUGAAACUGAUGAGAAAACUGGAAAAGCAGGCACUGGCGCGUGCAGCCAAAGAAGCUCGCAGACAGCAAGCUAUCAUGGCAGCAGAAGAGAGAAGGAAGCAAAAGGAGCAGAUCAAGAUCCUCAAACAGCAGGAAAAGAUCAAGCGCAUUCAGCAGAUUCGGAUGGAGAAGGAACUGAGAGCGCAGCAAAUUUUGGAGGCUAAACGUAAAAAGAAAGAAGAAGCCGCCAAUGCCAAAAUAUUAGAAGCUGAGAAACGCAUAAAGACUUUCAAGGAGAAAGAGUUGAGAAGACAGCAGGCGGAGAUUCUGAAACACCAGGAGUUGGAGAGGCAUAGACUAGAUAUGGUAUGGGAGAGGGAAAGGAGGAGGCAACAUGUAAUGCUAAUGAAGGCUGUUGAGGCUCGCAAGAAAGCAGAGGAGCGGGAGCGCUUGCGGCAGGAGAAAAGGGAUGAGAAGCGCUUGAACAAAGAGCGAAAACUGGAGCAGCGAAGGCUGGAGCUGGAGAUAGCGAGGGAGCUGAAGAAGCCAAAUGAAGACAUGUGUCUGUCUGACCAUAAGCCCCUCCCAGAGUUUUCCAGGAUUCCUGGACUCAUCCUCCCAGGACGUGCCGUGUCAGACUGCCUGAUGCUGAUGCAGUUCUUACGAGGCUUCGGAAAAGUUUUAGGACUUGACUUGAAUGCGGAUGUCCCCACGCUGGGAAUGCUGCAGGAGGGCUUGCUCAAUGUGGGGGACAGCAUGGGCCAAGUUCAAGACCUUUUAGUCAAACUGCUGUCUCUUGCUGUCUGCGAUCCCGGUUUGCCACCUGGACACAAGACCAAAACAAUGCUGGGAGACCACUUGACCAAUGUCGGCAUCAACAGAGAUAACGUAUCUGAGGUGCUGCAGAUGUAUAUGAGUUCCCAUUGUGCCAACACAGACCUGGCUCCUCUGGCCCUCAGUCUCAAGACCAAAGCCUUCCAGGCUCACACACCUGCUCAGAAGGCAUCAAUCCUGGGGUUCCUGGCUAAUGAGCUGGCCUGCAGCAAAGCUGUGAUCAGUGAGAUCGACAAGAACCUGGAUCAGAUGGCAAACAUGAGGAAAGACAAAAUUAUCAUGGAGGGAAAACUGAAAAAACUGAGGACCAUUUAUGCCAAACGAACCGGGAAAAGGGAGGCCAGCAUGGGCGCGGAGGAGAACCAGUCCAUCGGCACGCCGUCUUCUGCUGCCAAACGCAAGAGAAAGCUGGGUGCCGACAGCGAUGAUGACGACGAUGAUGAUGACGACAGUGAUGACCCAGCAGAUGAGGACGACGACGAGGAGGAGGAAGAAAUUAAAAAGGUUAAAAAAGUGGAGACUGUUGAGGAGGAUGAAGUCGACCAGGCCACCAGCAUCGAAGAGCUGGAGAAGCAAAUAGAAAAAUUAGCCAAGCAACAUCAUCAGACCAGAAAAAAGCUCUUUGAGAUCUCUCAUUCUCUUCGCUCCAUGAUGUACGGACAGGACCGCUACCGCCGUCGGUACUGGGUUCUGCCACACUGCGGAGGAGUUUUCAUUGAAGCCAUGGAGAGUGGAGAAGCUCCAGAGGAACUGGAAGAGGAGCGACAGAGGAGGAGAAGAGCUGCGGAGGAGUUCAAGGUAAAAGAGGAACCCCAGGAGAUUGGACUGCACAAGGAGAAAUCUGCCAGCCUUGAUGGACAGAACAUUCGAACACAAAGCUUGGAGCAACAGAAGGAAGAUAAAAAGGAACAGGGUGGGAAGAAAAACUCCCAGUCUGUUUUCUACCAACAGUCCAGCUGUGUUUCCAAACUGUGCAUGCGCCGUGAUGUCGGCAAAAACUUUAAGACGGAGGACAAGGAGAGUCCAUGUGUGAGACUAAACAGCAGCCCCAUGGGCACUUCCAUCACCUCCACCACUGGAACAUCCUCCUCCCCCAGUCACAACACUCCUGAACCAGCAGCAGCAUCAACUCCUUCUAUGGUGAUCACUAAUCACACUACAAACAUCCCUCCUCCCGCUUCAACCUCUUUAUCGUUUCCCUGUCUGACGGCUCCACGGGAAAGCCCGGGAAACACUCCUCCGACCUCAUCCCCCGCUCCGUCUCCACACCUCUCAUUCCAAGCCAGCGACCAGCUGCUCAGAGUCCUUACAGAGAGGAGUGGCCACUGGUUCAGUUUGCUUCCGCGCAACCCCUGUGAUCUCUCCUCCAUCACUAGUACUCCCCCAGGAGUUCCUCGUGGCUCCCCUCAGGCGUCCUCCACCCCAGGCAGGCCCAGGUCUCCGCCUCCAUCCCCCGCCUUACCUCUCACACCUUCCGCUGCUUCUGCAUCAGCCAGCCCACACCACCCAGCUGGCCUCCUCAACUAUCCUCUCUCUGCCCUGCAGUUGAAGUCAGGUGCCUCCUUGCUCGGGGUUUCUUUUGGAAGCUGGCCUAGCGGUGUGAUAAGUCCCAGCCUGCCUCUGUGCAGCAGCCCCAGCCCCAUGCCAGGUCACUCCCUAGAAGGCAACACAGCGGCGAGCGUCUCCAGUAAGAGUGAGUCACCUUUACCUCGCAUCGAGAAAAGCUCGUCCAUGCCCUCCCCCGCCUUGGAGAUGCCAAAGUCCAUCGACUACUCUGUGCCUCGGCCCAUCCCAGAGGAUUUGCUGACAGGUUGGUGGCGGGUGUCUCACAUCGAACAGCUGAGGUCUCUGGUCGACUCGCUCCACAGCCGAGGAAUCCGAGAGAAGGUCCUCCACCGGCAGAUUCAGAAGUAUCUGGAGAUAAUUCCUCAGGUCUGCACCAAACACAAAGAUGUAGCCAUGAUUGAGCUCCAUGAGCUGGAGGAGAGUCAGGUCAGUGUGGAGUCUGUGCGCGGGUGGUGUGUGGAGGAGCAGGCCAUGGAAAUGGAUAUCGCUAUGCUGCAGCAGGUUGAGGAGCUAGAGAGGAAGGUCACGGCAGCCAGUCUGCAGGUCAAGGGCUGGACAUAUGUGGACCCUCAGUCUGAGCGGGAGGACCUGGUCUACUACGAGCACAAGCCCCCCACCAAAUCAGCACCAGCCUCAGCAAGCGCAGCAGACAAGGACUCCCGGGACUCCAAGGAGCAUCUAGAGGAGCGCGGGGAGAAGGGCGGGGUGAUGCGUCACCCAGACAACCCUCUGGACAUAGCAGUGACACGUCUGGCUGAUCUGGAGCGCAACAUCGAGAGAAGGUACCUGAGGAGCCCCUUAGGUACCACCAUUCAGAUCAGGCUGGAUAAUGUGGGUACGGUCACUGUCCCUGCCCCCGCCCCAUCCACUAGUGCUGACAGGGAAGGUGGCGAGGAGGAGGUGGCCCACGGUAUGAAGGUGUGGAGGAAGGCCCUGACUGAGGUGCGCAGUGCCGCCCAGCUGGCCAUGUGCAUCCAGCAGCUGCAGAAGUCUAUCGCUUGGGAGAGAUCCAUCAUGAAAGUGUACUGUCAGAUUUGCAAAAAGGGAGAUAAUGAGGACCUCCUCCUGUUGUGUGAUGGCUGUGACAAAGGGUGUCACACCUACUGUCACAAACCCAAAAUCACCAGCAUCCCAGAAGGAGACUGGUACUGUCCAGCCUGCAUCUCCUCGGCGAGCGGUCCGUCCCCGAAGAGCAAAAAGCCUCCAGCUAAACCAGUCACUUCGAGUGGAGGGGGAGGUAAAAAAGGGGGGGAGACCAAAAAGAACGGGAAGCAAACGGGUAACGGGGAAGCGUCAGAGGAGGAUUCGGCCAGUGCCACCAGCACACCCAAGAAAGGAGUAAAAGACACAAGCAGGAAGAGGAAAACCGAGGAUAGCUCACCUGCUCUGACACCGGCCAAUCAGGAGAGCCCAGUGUGUGUUAAGCGAGCCAAGACAGCAAGGGACAACAACAGGGACCUGGGAUUGUGCAGAGUGCUUCUGGCAGAGUUGGAGCGGCAUCAGGAUGCAUGGCCGUUCCUCACUCCUGUCAACCUGAAGUCAGUCCCCGGCUACAAGAAGGUCAUCAAGAAGCCCAUGGACUUCUCCACCAUACGUGAGAAGCUUGUUAGCAGCCAGUAUCAAAACCUGGAGACUUUCAUCAUUGACGUCAACUUGGUGUUUGAUAACUGUGAAAAGUUCAAUGAAGACAAUUCAGACAUUGGUCGAGCCGGUCAUAACAUGAGGAAGUUCUUUGAGAAGCGCUGGACUGAGCUUCUGAAACAAACUUAACAAACUUAAAAAAAAAAAAAAAACACUUCCCAUUACCAGAUUCAGCUUUUCACACACCGGAGUCUUCUGACGGAGUUUGUGGCUUUGCAGGAUGGAAGAAGUCAGCUCCUUGAUAAGGAAUCCAUUGUUGGUGAAACAGAAAAAUCACACUGAAAAAAAAAAAAGUUGUUACAUGAGGUGCGUUGGAUUUAUUACAACAGGGAUAAAAGCCCCAAAGAGUCCCAGAAAAAUGGGGUGUCCUAGUGCAAUACCAUUCCCUGUCUCAGAACACUGCACUGAAUGAAUCCUCAAAUGUCACUGAUGUGUCUGCGCUAGAAUACUUUCCACUACCUGUAAAUAGUCUUUUGUUAUUUAAUCGUAUUAUAGUGAAUGUAUUUAAUUUUGUAAUAAUUAUUUAUGAAUCAAGGUCCACUUCAUUUUCUAUGAAAAGGAGGAAUCAUCUAAACUGCUUUGAAUUUAAGAAAAACAAACAAAAAAAGGAAUGUGUGUUUUGUGUUUUAAUUUUUCUCCCAAAUAUCACAAACAAAGCCAAGAAAAAAUAGAAAAAAAAACCCAAAUCUGUUUACACUGAUCAGUGCUUUGGGGCAUCAGAGAACUGUAUUCAUUUGUUUAUUUACAGAAGCAACAGUGGAACAGUUCAGCGACGACGGCCCAUGUGUAUAUACUGUUUAUUAAUGUCGAUAUUACGUCUUGUUUGGAACGAUGUGUAAAAAUUGUUUAAGAAUAUUAAGAUAUUGUUUAUGCCUUAGAAUGACUGUAGCAUUCUAUUUUAGUGAACGUGAUGAGAACAUUAUCAUAAAUAUUGUUUGUACAGUAUAUACAUAUCCUCUGCAAACACUGUGGUAUCCUUAAUCUUGGUAGUGCCUACCCUUCCAACAGGGGCAUGUAGGGGAUGUUGUUGUUUUUAGUUUUCAUUCUUAUGGCAAUUUUUUUAUAUAUAAUUUCAAUUCAGCAGGGCCUCCAAAGUUGGACAAUGACACAGAAACCAUUCCUCACCAUAGCUGAAACAAAAGGAACAACAAGCAUUGGGCGACGCUUCCACGAUGCAUUUCCUCGUAAUCCGCCACAAUACAGAGGACCUAAGGCCAUUUGUAACCACUGUGUUGAACCUUUCUGUGUGUUGUGGCCUGAUGGAGGCAGCUAGAUUUUUUUGUACCCAAGUCAAAAGUACUUGAAGUUACUUUAUUUAAGAUAUUGUGGAAUAAAAGUAUCAUUCUUUUGUAGGAGCUUUAUUUUUCACUAGUGUGUGGCACGGACCUAUUAAAAGGAUGUUUUUCAAUGUAAGCGUCUUAAAACUGUUUUAUUUUUCUACAAAUGAUGUUUUAAAAGGUGUUUUGUGGAUAAUUGAAUCAGUCUUUAAAUAGAAAUGUAGCUUUUAUUAAUGUCAUUUCAUUUUGUUUUCUCUUUUUUCCACUUGAUUUAAUCUGAUCUGAACAGUUACAAAGACCAACGCUUAAACAUUUAACAUUUUAUUGUAAAGGAGAUAGGUCGGUGCUUUUGUUCACAGAAUUUGAAUAAAUGUAACGUCACUUGGUUUUUACUCAGUAAACAUCUCAACACACAUUAGUGGGUUUCUCUGCUAAAAGUUAGGAAAUAAAUAAUCCAGCCACAAAGAUCUUUUAAUAUUUUGGUAAUUAAAUCUCUUCAUAAGAUCAAACUGCUUCUUACAGCCUAAAGGAGAAAAAGAUGACACCUGAAAGCUGAACUGCAGCUAAUAGGAAUGUUUUGUUUCAGGAUUGCCUUUGAAAUUAGAAUGGAUUUCCCUAAUUUGGGAUGUAAACACGUGACACACAAAUAAAAUUGUGGACAGGGACACACCCUUGUACUUUGUUCAGCUUUAGAGAAAGAAUAUUUGCAUAUUAUGACUCCAUCUGUGCCACCAUAAUGAAUAAAACACAUUGACAGAUUCUUAA